CUUACAGCCUUCACCCUCGGCCUUACAGCCUUACAGCCUCGCACAUCAAGGCAAACCCCCAACCAAUCUCUAAAAGACUUCAACACAUCGCAGCACAGCACGGCCAUCAUGCCAUCACACCAGGCGCUCCAGGGGCACCUGUGGUGUGGCAUCUUUACCGGAGCUACCACUCCACGGCGGAAGAGGAGAAAGGUUGCUCCGGUUACCCCGCGGUUGCCCAUACGUCUGCCAACCGCUGUGCAGACACCAUUGCAACCACCCCCGCGAUUCGAAUUCCCACCGUCUGUCCAACGCCACUUGCCCCAAGCAAUUGCAGACAUGGUUAGCGAGAGUUCCGGCGAGAGCUCCGGCGAUGAAGACGGGCAGCAGCAGCAGCCGCAGCGAGGGCUUUCACCCGCGGACAGGGGUCUGCAGCGCCCACUGAACCUCCUCGCGCCCAUCCCUUUCCGUUUUCCCAGCACACCGGGUGGAUCCCUGGUGUAUGAACCCCCGCCACCACCACCCGCUCAACGACCCCGGCAGACACAUGCAUGCACCAAGGUUUCGCUUCACCGAAUCCAUAAUCAAAAUCAAAUUCAAAGGGAGCGCCUGACAACAUUCAUCGGCAAUGUUCACGUCCUUGCGCGCCACACCACCUUCUUUCUCAAGUACUAUCUUGGUGAGUUUUUGAGCUGAUCAUCCUCUACACGAUUUCCCGGACAUCACCGACAAGCACAUCAGUGUGAUAUUUGAGCUGCUAAACAACCCAGGCUACA